AUGGUCCCUCUGUACAAGGACAGCCAGGAGGACAUCUGUCCCAUCUGCCUGGAUCCCCUGAGGGAACCUGUGAGCACCGACUGCAGACAUCUCUUCUGCCGAAUGUGCCUGACCCAACACAUGGAUAAGACCUCUGGGGUCCUCAGCUGCCCAGUCUGCAGGAAGCCCUACUCUGAGGGGGUCCUUGGAGAUGGUUACAUCUGCUACAGCCACCAGAAGAGGGUGUGCAGUUUCUGUGAGACAAGCAGACAUCUCCUGUGUGUGGAAUGCCUCAGGUCCCCUGAACACCAGUCUCAUACUGAGCUCUCCAUUGAAAAUGCCAUCAGCCACUAUAAGGAAAGACUCAUCCGCAGAAGCAGAAAGCUCAGAAAGGACCUGGGGGAUCUUCAACGGCUUAAGGCUCAGGAAGAGGAGAUGCUGCAUGCUCUGCAGGUGGAUUGGGAGAGCCACAGGCUAAGAACUGAGCAGCAGAACCAAGGUCAAACCAAGGAACAGCUGAAGACUCUACCUCAGCAUUGGCUGGACCAACAAGUGGACCUACCAGCAGAGGUGGCCAAGAUCUUUAACUUCUCCGAGGCAGUAACACAGCUCAGCAUCCUGGCUUCUGGCCUGGAAAGGACGGCCAGGGAACUGGAUGCCAGCACUCUGAAGGAUGCCAGUGACUUACUGGACAGGAGUGCGCCACAGAAAUUAGGACUCCUCUCUCAUCUUCCUCCAGCCAGCCCAAACCUCAAUUAG